UAUCACUUCGCCAGGACAGCAUGGAUAUAAGGGGUGUUCACACAUGUUGGAUAAUACUGGUUCUAGUUGGCAAAUCUGGUUGGUGUAACAUCGCAGUGAACAAGCCAACUUACAGCAGCACCGACUAUGACGGAAAAUCAUCUUCCUCCCACGCCGUAGACGGUAACCUCGACGCUGUGCGCAGUCAUAGCAGCUGCUUCACAAGCUCUGCGGCAUCGCCAUGGUGGAUGGUAGACCUCCAGGGGAACUACAGAAUAACAGGCGUCACCAUACAGCGACGAAGCGAUGGAUAUCAAUAUCGUCUCAGAGACCUUGCUAUCGUGGCGUUCAGAGAAGACCCCCAACAGAAUCCUUCAGCGGACAUCAUACCCUGCACGGAGAAGACGGGAACCCUAGGGGCCAUGGACACUCUGCCCUGUGAUCAGCCAAUAGUUGCCAGAUUCGUCAAGAUCCACUAUUUACCAAUUUUCACGGAAAUUCUCACGUUGUGCGAAGUUCAGAUCAGCGGGGAUGUCUGUAGCAGAGAUACCACAAAAUGCUUCAGCACAUCUGUGGACAUCGUCAACGGGAUGUACUUAGUUGUCGACUCAACCGACAAGAGAAUCGUCAAUGAUUCAACUCUUAGCUACUGUAGCAACAAGUGCUAUCGUGAAAAAAACUGCUAUGGAUUUAACUACAAUCUUGCCUCAAAGACUUGUGAACUCGCGUUGAAAACCCCAACACAAAUUGUGUCGGAUGCUGGCUUCGUGUACAGUGUCAUGCCGUCAUGUUUCCUGUAUUGCAAUGGCCAUUCCGUGAACAUCUGCUAAAGGAGUGUAUAUAGUUUAACAUCGCCUUGCACAGUAUUUCAGUUCUAUCACGGCUGCUUGAUGUGGGAGGACAGGUGAUGAUGGAGGUGUGAUCUUGUGGUUGAAGUGAUGCAAGGUGUUAUAUCUUUACCAUCUUGAUGAAACCAGCGAAUGCGUGAGUCUGAUUUUACACCGUUUUAGCAAUAUUCCAGCAAUGUCACGGAGGUGAAUACCAGAAAUUAGCUUCACACAUUGUACCCAUGUGGGGGAUAGAACCGGGGUCUUUGGCUUGACGAACGAACGCUUAAUAACCCCAAGAGAACUCCACCGCCCUCUAAACUUUCGGCGGGCACAUGUAUGGUGAUCAGGAGUGAGUUUAGGUUUACGCCGCACUCAGCAAUAUUCCAGCUGUAUGGCGGCGGUGUGUAAAUAAUCGAGUCUG